GAGAACUGAUACAGAGUGGGAUGAAACAGAUGAUGUAGUCUAGUGGUCAUUUUAAGCGGUGACACAAAGUACGCAUGUCCCUGGCUUUUUUCCAGAAUAUUCUUACCUUUACCCUUUGUACCUUGCAAGUUUUCAGUUCUCCCAAGGCCUUAGCUGCCACAGAUAUGCUUUCUCUGUCACUGCGGCAGACAUUACGGCCCCUCUUCCUCAGGCGUUUUGGAUGUGUAGGGCAGAUUACAGCAGAGUCAUGCAAACGAACCCUCAGCAGCAGAAGUGGGUGGACGGGACAGGAGAGCCUGGCCCAGGACGAUUCAGAAAUGUGGAGCCUCCUGCAGCAGGAGAAGGACAGGCAAUGUCGGGGACUAGAGCUCAUUGCAUCAGAGAACUUCUGCAGCCGUGCAGCAUUGGAGGCACAGGGCUCCUGUCUUAACAAUAAAUACUCUGAGGGAUACCCUGGACAAAGGUACUAUGGAGGUGCUGAGGUUGUUGACCAGAUUGAGCUGUUGUGUCAGAGGCGAGCACUAACUGCCUUUGGUCUGGACCAGAAUCUUUGGGGUGUUAAUGUCCAGCCCUACUCAGGAUCUCCCGCCAACUUUGCAGCCUACACAUCUGUGCUACAGCCUCAUGACCGCAUCAUGGGUCUGGAUCUACCUGAUGGUGGACAUCUUACACAUGGCUACAUGACAGACAACAAGAGAAUCUCAGCCACCUCCAUUUACUUUGAAUCCAUGCCUUACAAGCUGGAUCCUCAAACAGGUCUGAUCAAUUAUGACCAGUUGGAGAAGACAGCCCGCCUUUUCAGACCCAAGCUCAUCAUUGCAGGAACCAGUGCCUAUGCUCGCCUCAUAGACUACCCUCGCAUGAAAAAGCUGUGUGAGGAGCUGAAUGCCUACCUGCUGGCAGACAUGGCUCAUAUCAGUGGCCUGGUGGCAGCUGGAGCUGUUCCCUCUCCUUUUCAACACGCUGACCUCGUCACCACCACCACCCAUAAGUCCCUGCGUGGAGCAAGGGCCGGUCUGAUCUUCUACCGAAAAGGUGUGCGGUCCGUAAAUGCUAAAGGUCAGGAGGUACUCUAUGACCUCCAGAACAGAGUGAAUUUUGCUGUGUUCCCAUCACUUCAGGGUGGACCGCACAACCAUGCCAUUGCUGGAGUGGCUGUCGCACUCAAACAGGCUUCCACUCCCAUGUUUAAACAGUAUAUUGCUCAAGUGCUGCUGAAUGCCAAUACAAUGGCUAAUGCUCUGCUGAAGAAAGGCUACACCCUGGUGUCAGGUGGGACAGACAACCACCUGGUUUUAGUUGACCUUCGACCUCGUGGGAUGGAUGGCGCCCGCGCUGAAAGGGUUUUGGAGCUGGUGUCCAUCACUACCAACAAGAACACCUGUCCUGGUGACAAGAGCGCCCUCACUCCUGGAGGACUCCGGCUUGGAGCACCAGCUCUGACCUCACGACAGCUUAAGGAAGCAGACUUUAAAAAGGUUGUGGACUUCAUUGAUGAAGGGAUUCAGAUUGCACUGAAUGUGAAGAAGAAAACUGGAAAUCUUGCCAGCUUCAAGACCUUCCUGCUGAAGGACCCGGACACCGUUUCACACAUUGCAGAGCUCCGCCAACGGGUGGAGCUAUUUGCAAGGCCCUUCCCCAUGCCAGGAUUCACUGACCAUUGAACAUAAAUAAAAAGACAGGGAGCUUUUUAUCAGUCACAUAAUGGCAAUAUUCUGCACAAAAUGUCUUUUAUUUUAAAUGUCUUAUAUUUGCUCAUAAUGUUUGCAUUUAUCACUGCCACAUUUCUGUGUGGCAUCAUUUUAACCAAAUAAUAAGUGUAAGAGUCAUAUCAUACAAGGUCACUGCUCAAAAGACACAUUAUAAUAUGAUAAUAUAAUCUGACAUGUAGCUGCUUUGUUAUUAGCGUAUAAUAAAAUUUUAGGUUUUUUUCUUUUGCUAAUUUGUAAUUUAAGGUUUUAUCAAUAAAAUAUAAGUUUAGUACAAUAA